UCGAUAUUUAGCUAUGCAAUUUACAUUAGCGAAAGGUCAAAAGACAAGUCCGUAGCUAGCUGCCAAGAUCUUGAGAAGGAAAUAUGGAUGGAAAUACAGAUAUUUCUGGCGUUUCAGAUGAAAGCACGGCAGAAUAUAUACUCAGUAAUGUGGCAGAAGUAGUGGAGAGAAUUUUGACGUUUGUACCAACCAAAUCGCUGCUCCAAAUUGCGUGUGUUUGCAGACUGUGGAUGAACUGUGCACGGAGAGUACUGAGGGUCCAGCAGAAGUUGACGUGGGUGUCUGCCUCUGGACCGUCCAACUAUGACGGCCAUGCUCUCUGCCACAGCCUGGCUGAAGAAGUGGAGAAUGUAUACCUGCUGCCCAAAACAGUCUUGGUUAUGGUGGACAGCGAGACCGUCAGUGGACAAGACUCUUGUUACAAGCAGAAAAAGGCACGCAAGACCCACCACAGUCCAGACUCAGUGGAGGAACUGAACAGGCUGUUCCCCAAUGGAUGUGACAUCAUGGGCAUCGCUACUCCUGGCGUCGUCUUAACCCCCAGUGGCUCCCACUCGGGUCCACCGAAGGAGUUCCAAGAAGGAGAGGCUGGCUACGCUAUCAUGUUCCCUAGGAUGGAGGGAGUGGACAUCCGCCCCUUUCACUUCUGCAAGCGCACCAUCUCAGAGUCACACCUGGAGGAAGCAGGGCUGGUGAAUAACCCUGAUCUGCGUGUGGUGCUGCUGUUUGGCUAUGAGGCCUACAAACCUGGAGCGGCCCGCUUCCUCAACCAGGUCCUGGAGCCUUUGGCACGCAGCAAGGCUCUCAUCGCUGGGGGCCAUGUGGAGAAUGUCUUCUCCCCUGAAAGAGAGUGCUGUGGCCAGGGGUCGUACGGCGUGGUGGGUCUGGCUCUGAGCGGUCCCAGGGUCCAGGGGGCCAGUGUUCUCCUGGAGCAGGAUGUGAGCAGCCCCAAGGAAGCCGAGGCCACCAUCCGGAGGCUGAAAGCCGCCAACCUCCCAGAGAGGAACACCCUGGGCUUCAUGUUCGCCUGCGUGGGCCGCGGACACAACUAUUACAACAACCAGCGUAACGUGGAGGCUGACACCUUCCGCAAGGUGUUCCCCAACAUCCCACUGUUUGGCUUCUUUGGUAACGGGGAGAUCGGGUGUGAUCGUAUCGUGAAGGAGGACUAUACUCUGUGUGACACGGAUACGGACAGUCUGCAGCAUGGAUACACCACUGUUAUGACCCUAGUUCACCUUGGCUGAGGAGUCGAUGGUCGUAUUUACAUUCAAACUGCAGUUUGUUUUGUUCACUUCAGGUUCCUAUUGAUUAGGUACGACACAGAAGAAAACCGUACGAAGCGGAGAGGUACUAUCUUAACUGGCCCAAUAAGAAACACCCGUUUUACGUCACAAAAUGUUUUGAAACUGUGCGCCCUAAUGAAUACAACCCUGGUGUCUAGGUCAGACUAGCGAUCAGGAUCAACAACAUUCUUGUUAUCUCUCAGCGAUGGUGGUAUGUGAUGGUGUUUGAAGUGGAUUACAGCAUGUAGAUGUCUUUCUUUCAGUUGUGUUCAACUUUUCCCAAUGUAAAGUUUUAAGUUUGUCAAUUUUGGGGGGGAAAUGCAAUGUUUUAUCUGCUGCGAUAGAAGCAAAUACUUACUUGAUCAUGCAUUGAUCAGUUUGAAACUUGAAUAGGAAAUAUUGCUGAUAUGUUAGUGAGUUUAACAAGGUGCUGAUGGGAAUCAGAGAAGAAAAUACUGUCCAUUCAUCUCAGUCCUCUGUUACAAAAUAAUACAGUGGACUUCCCCAUGUAAAACAUGUAUAUAUUAUCCCGAUUACUCCCCAAAUGUUAUGCACAUAUUCAAAACAUAUAACUGAAACUAACUAAUAAUCUUGACCAGAUGGUUUCUUAUACCUUGUGGUGAAAAGUUACCAACACUUUUGUUACCCAAUUAACAAAUAUAAUUGUUAUUAAUUAUUAUAAAUAAUUGUUGAGAAUACCGAUCAGGCACUUUUUAUUUAGGAAGAUAAGGAAAGGAACAUGUUUUGAACCUUUGAGAAAAAUUUAGUUUGUCUUGAUUUCAAUGUUUUCUCCUGUAUGCCCCUCUUUUAGUGUUAGAUAUGGAGAAAACCUUUUUGAAAUGCAAUUAAAUCAAGGCCUGUUCCUACUACCUUUUAGAAGACUAUUUCACACACUGGGCAAUUCCAUGGUAAUAGAGUGAUGCUGAGACUCAGAUGUUUCACUUGAAAAUGUAUGUCAAACAAAAACCAAUGAUUGCAAAGUUUAACAAACCAUACAACUCUAUGCACAAGGAUGACUUUUGACAAAUUCCACAGAAAAUUUUACAGAAACAUAUACUUGAAGAACAGUGCAGAUGCAAAGUUUGGUAACAGAAAGAGGCUUUGUGCUGUUGGUGCUGUCAUUCUGUUAGCGUGGAAUUGCCUCACUAGUUCUAUUUACUCAAAUGGAUUCCGUGGUUUAGACAGAAUCUUUCUCUCUGCUGUGUCGUUCUUCAUACUACCUUGUAAGGUCAUAUUUCUUGCUUCAUUGGAACUGAUGGUUUUAAAAUUCAUGUUAUUAUUUUACGUGUUCCACUCUCCAACAGGGUAUUCCCGCUAUUAUAUGAUUUGUGUGUACAAACAUAGUUUUGUAGUCGGGAUUCUGUACAAUAUUCUGCUUCAUUCAUUGAAUUUACGAACAUAUUAUAAUUCUGAAGACA